GUGAAAGUGAAAGUGAAACUCAGCUGCUCCAUUUUGUAUGGAGGAGAAAAUAAACCAUUUCAGGAGUAAAAACACAGUUGUUUUAGGACUUGAUACCGUGACUAUUUCCUGUAAGUGAACUCUGUGCUGAUACAGGGUUUGAUUUAACACACCGAUGUUGGAGUGAAGUAAACGUGUGUCCUGCUGUAAUCUGGAGAAGGAGACAUGAGCUCCAACAUGAGUGUGUCUGGAAAACAGGACUUAAAGAAAGACGAGAGAAUGAUGGAGGGAAAGAGAUCAGACUCACCAGAACCCAGCUGUGUGUCCAUGAAGAGUGACUGGUCAAUGGAAGAACCAAUUGCCUUCAGAGACAGAGACAGUUCUACUGAUGUGAGACCACAAAAGAAGAAAUCAUACAUCAGCAGAAAUCAGUUGGAGUCCAUAUUCAAGGAGCUGGAACACAAAGUCAUCACUCUGAUAAAGAAUGAGCUGAAGAGGUUUAGGAAUCUCCUGAGUCCAGAUUACCCAGCAUGCACUGAGAGGGAGGUGGAGGAUGAGGAGGAUCUGCACAGUGUCAGAGAGGGAGCGCUGAAGAUCACACUGCACGUCCUGAAGAACAUGAACCACACAGAUCUCGCUAACACACUGGACAAAAGAGCUUGGAGUCAUGGCUUUAUUCCAUCAGAGUCUGUGGCCUCUGUGUAUCAGUCAAAGUUGAAAUCCAACCUGAGAGAGAAGUUUAAAAGAAUUAAUGAAGGAAUCUCACAGCAUGGAAGCUCAGCACUUCUGAAUGAGAUCUACACAGAGCUCUACAUCACAGAGGGUUGGAGUAGAGACAUCAAUAAUGAACAUGAGGUGAGACAGAUUGAGACAGCGUCCAGGAGACCAGCAACACAGGAGACACCCAUCAAAUGUAAUGACCUCUUUAAAGACAAGUCCAUCAGAACUGUGCUGACUAAAGGAGUUGCUGGAAUUGGAAAAACAGUCUCUGUGCAGAAGUUCAUUCUGGACUGGGCUGAAGGAAAAGCAAAUCAGGACGUCUUCUUCAUGUUUCCACUUCCCUUUAGAGAGCUGAAUUUGAUGAAGCAGCAAAAUCUCAGUCUGAUGAAUCUUCUUCAUCACUUUUUCCCAGAUAUGAGAAAACUACAAUUAAUAGACUCCUACAAAGUGGUGUUGAUCUUUGAUGGUCUGGAUGAGUGUCGACUUCCUCUAAAUUUCCAGAACAAUGAGAGAUUGUGUGAUGUGACAGAGUCAGCCUCAGUGGAUGUGCUGCUGACAAACCUCAUCAAGGGGAAUCUGCUUCCCUCUGCUCUCCUCUGGAUAACCACUCGACCAGGAGCAGCCAAUCAGAUCCCUCCUGAGUGUGUAGACCAGGUAACGGAGGUACGAGGCUUCAGUGAUCCUCAGAAAGAGGAGUACUUCAGGAAGAGGAUCAGUGAUCAGAGCCUGGCCAAUAAAAUCAUCACCCACAUGAAGUCUUCAAGAAGCCUCUACAUCAUGUGCCACAUCCCAGUCUUCUGCUGGAUUUCAGCCACUGUUCUAGAGAGAAUGUUGGGUGAAGCAGAGAGUGGAGAGAUCCCCAAGACUCUGACUCAAAUGUUCACACACUUCCUGAUCUUUCAGAUCAAACACAAGGACCAAAAGUACCAUCAGAAAUGUGAUCCAGAUCCUCAGCAGACCAGAGAGAGUAUCCUGGCACUGGGAAAACUGGCUUUCCAACAGCUGGAGAAAGGAAACCUGAUCUUCUAUGAGGAAGACCUCAGAGAGUGUGGCAUUGAUGUCAGAGAAGUGUCAGUGUACUCAGGAGUGUGUACCCAAAUCUUCAGAGAGGAGUUUGGGCUUCACCUGGGGAAGGUGUUCAGCUUUGUACAUCUGAGUGUUCAGGAGUUUCUGGCUGCUUUAUAUGCAUUUCUGUCCUUGAUCAGCAGAAAUGUAACAGAACAACAAACCACUGAUCUGUCUGAUCUUUUCAGAAAGUCAAACAUGUCUGAUUUCCUCAGGAGUGCAGUGGACAAGGCCUUACAGAGUGAGAAUGGACACCUGGAUCUGUUCCUCCGCUUCCUUCUGGGUGUCUCCCUGGAGUCCAAUCAGACUCUCUUACGAGGCUUAAUGCCACAGACAGGAAGCAGCUCUCACAGCAAACAGGAAACAGUUGAGUACAUCAAGGAGAAGAUCAGGGAGAAUCCAUCUCCAGAGAAAUCCAUCAAUCUGUUCCACUGUCUGAAUGAACUGAAUGAUCAUUCUCUAGUGCAGGAAGUACAAACUUACCUGAACAGAGGUUACUAUUGUCUUAGUUUAAUCAGUCUCUCUCCUGCUCAGUGGUCAGCUCUGGUGUUUGUGUUACUGAACUCAGAACAGGAGCUGGAUGAGUUUAAUUUGAGGAAAUAUGACCCAUCAGAGGAAUGUCUUCUGAAGCUGCUGCCAGUGGUCAAAGCCUCCAGAAAAGCUGAGGUCAUAUCAGCCCUUACUUCCUCCAGGAUCCACGGAGGGACACUAGAGAAUGUCACUGUUGGACUUAAUUCUUUGUCACCAAGGCUUCUGUAUAAGUGUAAUCUGACAGAGGAAAGCUGUAGAGCUCUGUCCUCAGUUCUCAGCUCAAACUCCUCCAGUCUGAAAGAACUGGACCUGAGUCACAAUAAACUGCAGGAUUCAGGAGUGAAGCUGCUCUCUGCUGGACUGGAGAAUCCACACUGUACACUGGAGAUACUGAGGCUGUGUAAGUGUAAUCUGACAGAGGAAAGCUGUAGAGUUCUGUCCUCAGUUCUCAGCUCAACCUCCUCCAGUCUGAGAGAACUGGACCUGAGUAUCAAUAAACUGCAGGAUUCAGGAGUGAAGCUGCUCUCUGCUGGACUGGAGAAUCCACACUGUACACUGGAGAAACUGAGGCUGUGGACGUGUAAUCUGACAGAGGAAAGCUGUAGACUUCUGUCCUCAGUUCUCAGCGCAAACUCCUCCAGUCUGAGAGAACUGAACCUGAGUGAGAAUAAACUGCAGGAUUCAGGAGUGAAGCUUCUCUCUGCUGGACUGGAGAAUCCACAUUGUACACUGGAGAAACUGAGGAUGUGGCGCUGCAGUAUUACAGAUGAAGGUUGUGCUGCUCUGGCUUCAGCUCUGAGGUCAAACUCCUCAUCACACCUGAGAGAACUGGAUCUGAAGGGUAAUAAUCCAGGAGAAUCAGGAGUGAAGCUGCUCUGUGAUCUACUGAAGGAGCCACACUGUAAACUGGAGACAUUACUCAUUUAAUUGUAUUACCUUACCAGGACUGGUUAUGACAGGAGUCUCACCUCAAACCUCUUUUCCAGGAUAAAGCAGUUUUGGUGAAGUGUUAGAACCCGUCCCACAUUUCCAGCAGUUUGGGAGCUGAAUCAUUCAUAUUCAGAUGUAGAAGUUCCAUAACAAUAACUGUGACUGAUCACAUCCUUUUAUCCACUCAGCUACAAGUUACUUCAGGCUUUAAUAACAUAUUUUACAAUCCAAAGUCAAAUCCUUCAGUGUCUACACACAUCACAGAGGUAUCAUCACAUCAUCACACUGAUUACACAAAUACACAUCCAUGUGUUGUAGCUGUUUAUAGCUUAUUUUUAGCUCCACAUUUUUAUCUAUUUAUUCAGUGUGUUUCUGCUCAGCAUUGCUUCAUUCAGUUUGUUGUAAUAAUUUAAUAAAUUGUUAUAUAUUUAAUAUAUAAUUUGUUGCAAUUUGUUGUAAAUUGUUGACUGUGAAACAUUUGUUUCUCCACAGAUGAUUGAUUCACAGUUGUAAUAUUGAUUUAAUCCUUUUUUUAAUUUAAAAAAUGUUCAUAGUUUGCUAAUGUGUUUUAGUGGUAACCAUGGUAGUUUGACUAUUUAAGAAUUUUAGAUUUUUUUUUAACUAAAAAACUGUAACUGAAAACCUUUAAGUACAUGCACUGUAUAUAUUCCUGUCAUUUAAUACAGUUUUGUAUAUAUGUUGUAUGUCAUUUACACUAUGUGUAGUACAAAAUAAACAGUGACUGUGACUGAAACACAACAGUUCAGGUG